GACGUUCGGAACCAUUUUUCUAGUAACAUUCAACUCGUUAACAUUGAACAGUUAAAAUGUGGCGCUGGCUCGUAUUGAUGGUUCUAUUAGGGACACCCCUUGCUGCAGAGCCUUCCUGUCCCAUGUGUUCCAAGUAUGACUACGAAGUAAGCCUUCUCGAACGAGUGCUAAGCAAUGAACUGGCACUGAAAAACACCCUGGACAAAAUAAGUGAAACACACGCGAAAGUUGAGGACACUUUAAAAGCGAUACAAGGGGAGAAUGUGAAGCUAAACCACGCAAUGACUGCACUGGAAAUUAAGAAGAAGGAGAUGGACGAAAGGCUUAACAAUUCCAUCAACUCCGGGAUCACAAAUGUAUCUGAAACUAUUUCCGAAAUGAAAACAAAUGUGCAUGUUCUCGUAGCAAAGACAGAGAAGGAACUCGAGGCAAUGAAAGAACAAAUUGUCGUGCCUCUGGUGAUUUUCCACGCUCGACUUCAUAUUGAUGGUAAACACACAUUCACUGGCAACCAGGCUGUUGUGUUCAAGACCGUUCUGGUCAACGAAGGUCGAGGAUAUGACCCUGCCACUGGACACUUUACGGCGUCUGAAGCUGGAGUGUACAUGUUCACGGUGCAGUACUGUACUUAUGUAGCUUCAAGUAUUCACCUUGAAAUUACACAUGAAGGGAAACCGUUGCAGAGAUCAUAUCACUACGACAAAGAUUCUUAUGCCUGUACCAGCAUGCAGGCCUUCGCUAAAGUUGCGAUGGGGGAAAAGGUCUGGGUGCGGUCUAUAUCUUCGGGUGACCUACUCCAUCAAGAGGGGUAUAGGUGGAACAGCUUUGCUGGGUUCCUGGUGCAUUUAUAAUUAUUAAAUGCGAUUUGUUGCCCGAUAAACAUGUAAAUCAUAGGAUAUACUAUAGAAUCAUUAGACUCAACAUAUAAACCAUAGAAGCAGUUUACAAACAUAUUAAUUGUUUGGUAUAAUAACGUUCAAACUUUCGUGGAAAUUUAUUGAAAAUUGAUAUAUUAGGCAAUGCUCAUAUAAUUUUAUAUUCAAUGUUUAGUUACAAAACCAAAAGCACAUGUAAACUGUAUUCAAAAGAGACGUAAGGAUUAUGUAUGACACUUUAUUUCUGCAGACAUAAAAUGUCUAAAAUAGUCCGGUGACUGUUUCUCCAUAUUUAAUUUCACCAAUAUACUGGCAUUUUCGAAAUGAACAUAAACAAUAACAAUGAAGUUAUUUUACACUUAAAUAGCAACAAUAGGUUUAUGCACAAAAUGUUUUCAGAGGUCAAACGUCUGGAAUGAUGUUAAACAAAUCUUUUAAAUGCUGAGACUAAUCGAAGUCUGAUUUUUUAUAAAAUAUGUCAAGUGAACAUAUAUAAC